CCGUAAGCGCUAGCACCGCGGAACCAAUCGAUGCGUCGAGCGUUUCCGGCGGGACACUUAAAGAGUGACACUCGCUCUGGGGCUCGCGGACGCUCCGCUACCCGGUGUCGCUAUGAAGUUUCGGGCCAAGAUCGUGGACACUGCUUGUCUGAACCACUUCACUCGAGUCAGUAACAUGAUAGCCAAGCUUGCCAAAACCUGCACUCUGCGCAUCAGUCCUGAGAAACUCAACUUCGUUCUCUCUGACAAGGUGGCCAGUGGAGGAGUGAGCAUGUGGUGUGAGCUGGAGCAGGAGAACUUCUUCAGUGAAUUUCAAAUGGAAGGUGUUUCAGCAGAAAACAAUGAGAUUUAUUUAGAAUUGACAUCAGAAAACUUAUCUCGAGCCUUGAAAACUGCCCAGAACGCCAGAGCCUUGAAAAUCAAGCUUACUAAUAAACACUUUCCCUGUCUCACGAUCUCUAUAGAACUGUUAUCUUUGUCAAGUAGUAGUCGCAUUGUAACACACGACAUCCCUGUAAAGGUUAUUCCUAGAAAAUUGUGGAAGGAUUUACAAGAACCUACAAUCCCAGCAUCUGAGGUUAGUAUUUUUUUACCAAGCUUGAAAAUUAUGAAGAGUGUUGUGGAAAAAAUGAAAAACAUCAGCAAUCUCCUUAUUAUUGAAGCAAACCUAAAUGGAGAAUUGAACUUGAAAAUAGAAACUGAACUAGUAUGUGUUUCGACUCAUUUUAAAGAUCUUGGAAAUCCUCCAUUGGCCUCUGAAAGUGCUUCUCAAGAUAGGAACCCAGAACAAAUGGCUGAAGUACACAUAGACAUUAGGAAACUUCUACAGUUUCUUGCCGGACAACAAGUAAAUCCUACAAGGGCCAUAUGCAAUAUUGUGAAUAACAAGAUUGUUCACUUUGAUCUGCUCCAUGAAGAUGUGUCCCUGCAGUAUUUCAUCCCGGCCAUGUCAUAGCACUGCCUGGAGAGAUAGUGAGGGCAAUGUGUUCUAAGUCAUUUGUGAGUUCUCACAGCAGCACAAAUCCUGUACGUUUUACAUUUUCGUCUGUAAUAUUCUAACUAAAAAUUAAUGAAAGAGUUGGGGAAAUAUGUCACUUGUUAUUUCUUUGACUGUUUUGUCCAUGUCUGUUUUGAUUUCUUAAGAUGCUAAAAAAAAAUCACUAAUUUAUCUAGACUUUAAUAAGCACUUUCUUAUUGAACUAGAAAUCCUUCUAUAUUUAGAAUUGGCAUAGGAAUCAACAUUUGCAAAGGUGUUGCUGUCUCCAACUCAGCACAUUAUAUGGAAGUCCUCCCUGCAGGAGCGGACCUGGAACACUCAUAUUUCCUUGUGUUCACCUCUCCUUCUUCCUUGGUUGCUCAGAACAUCGUGGGAUAUCUCUUGUGCCUGCAGUGCCUGGAACCUUGUGUGACACCCAGGACACUAAGAGUCCAUUCUCAGCGCCGUGAGAGCCACCAGGUGACCUAGCUGUCAGGUUGCCACUCCUCCAAUGUCUUCCUCGGCUGUGGCUCCUGGAUUCUGUUCUUUAUUUUCAUCCUACCGUGCAUGGUGCAUGGACCUGUCAUUCUUGGAAGAACAGCUUUGUGUUUGGAGUAGGAGCAAACAAGAUCUCUCAGUGUGUGCCUCAUGCAGAGACCUGCUUCUGUCUGUCAUAGCAGGUGCUGCUCCUUGGGGGUCUGCUUGCUCCCCCAAGGCACUUCCACCAUCAUCUCUGCUAUGAUUAAAUCUCCCUUGCCCUGUGGAGAGGCACAUUAUAAACAUCUUCAGGUUACAUGGCAAAGUUGAAUAAGGCAGUUUGCUUGGAAUGAAAGAAAGAAAUGAGAAGUUAGCAAGAGUGAAAAGUUCUUUUAUGACCUUUUCCUAUUAUUUGUAGAACCAAUGCAUUUAAGUCUUCUGGUGUUACUAAUGUUCAAAUGGGAUGUAGAUUUUGUUAAGCCAACAUUUUAAAAUGAGACGUCAUUUUAAACUACCCCUGUUUGGCUUAUAGCAAAACCAAUUCCAGCUGUGGUGUUAAACUUAAAGAUCAUGGUACACAUUGACGUGAUACCUAAAGGUAGUUAUAUAAAACUUAAACUUCUAUUAAAGAAAAUGUGUUAAUGACUUACCAAUGUGGAAAAUGUGUUACUUUUGAUUAUUUAGAUGAUGAUUUUUUAAUGUACAAUCAAUAUAUAUUGUCUUUUGGUAUAAGAGGGAAAAAAGUACUUUUUUUAAUAUGCUUUGUAUAUCUUAGUAUGCAUAUUCUGGCCUCCUUUUGUUGGUGUCUGGUGUCAUGGGCAGCCCGAGAGAGACCUGGGGCAGAACCUCUCCAGAUCAGAGCAGUGCAGACAUCCUGAGAUGAACAGUGUGGUGGCUUUACUUGGCAGGUUAGGGAAGUGAACUAACUGCCCUAGAAUACUGACUUAUGAUUUAUCAUCACCCUUCCCCUCCCACUUCUCUGCUGACUGACCUGAAUAACCAAUCCUACUUAAAAUAGGCAUUUAUCAUUCAUUUUACAGAUCUGGAGAAAAGUAUUUUAGUUUUAAAUCUGCUGUAGUAAAGUAGGCUUUAAGUAAUACCUCAUUAAAAAAUGACCUUAUGGAUGGUUCAGAAUUUUUUUUUCUGUAGCUGUGGCUAACAGGGCCUUCACAGGGAGUUAGGAAGCCAUGUCAGUUUCUUAUCCUUGCUGCUCAGUUUCCCGAAGCAGAGGCCUUUCAGAGCCCUGAGAGUCUGACUUCCCUCCUGGGCUCACUGGAGGUCCCUAGUAGAAACUGAGGCCUGUGGAAUGCACAGUGCUGCUUUAUUGAACAGCCUACUAGGACAACUUUCUGUUAAGUCAGAAAAAGCAAUUUAGUCUAUUUAGAGGAAUCUGUAUAAUUUGCAAAAUAAACUUGUUUCAAGACUAACGUAUUUCAAAGUGUUGAGGUCUUUUAAAAUAGCUCUGGAUUUUAGAGUCACAGUUUCACUGGCUGCAGUCUUGUGAGACUUGGCUGUGUGGGCAGCAGUCCUGGGUGCUCACACUCGGGCCAGUAUCUUUUGGAACCAUUUCUGUAGCUGAGUUUGGGGCCAUCCUUUGCUGGGUCCCUAAUCCAGCAGCUUAUGACAAAUUCCCAAGUCACCCUCACUGAAGGGAGCAGCUCACCUACCAUAGUGUUCAGGCCUGGCAAGGUCCCUGCUCCCGGGUCCUGGAUCAUGGACCUAACUUUAAUUCCAGGCUGGAAUUCUGAUUUUGUUUCUAGGUAGUGGAGGUGUUUAUUGGUAUUGUGCUUGGCAUUGUUGCCAAGUAAAAAGAACAUUGAUUUGAAGAGAUGCAGUUCUGUCCAUUUAUAUGGAUUUAAUGGGGUCUAAAAGGAAACUUGAGUAUCUGUGGUUUUACAGCUUCUCAGUGAAGUCACUGAACCAGGAGGCACAGGAUAAUCUGCUAGAAGAUGACUGGGGAUAUGCUUUCAUUCCCAGACACUGUGGGUGGGAGUAUCUGGAUUCUACCUUUCUGGAGUCUAGUAUGAAAAGUCCCAAGGCACAAAGGCUUUUGUGCCUUUUGACCCAAUACUUAAUGCUUGUGGGAAUUUGCACAAAGAUAAUCAAAGAUACUGUAGUACUGUUGUACUGAAAAAAGCAUGAAAUAUCCUAAAAACUUAUAGGGGAUUGGUUAAAUAAUCUAUGGCUUGCCCCAGUAUUUCAUGCUUUAUAAAUAAUGUUGCAGGAAAAAAAUAUACUGCUCUAGUCAAAUGUUUAUGAGUUAAAUUAAAAAGCAAACUAGAUCUUAGUGUGUGCCAUCUGAUCUCAGUUUGGAGACGAGCAGAGUAUAUAUGUAUAUAUGUGUGUGUGACAGAAAAGGAUUGGGGAAAGUACCAACAUUUAUACCUGGUUAUUUUUGGAUGUUUUGUUUCAAAACACUGAUCUUUGUACACUUAAGCAUCUUUUAAAAAUUUUAUAAUCAACUUUGUAACAAAAAAUAAAUUAUUUUUUAAGGAAUCAAGUAAUAUUUAUUAUUUGAAUGCAGUACAUAACCAAUUUGCAAUUAUGGUUUCCUCAAUAUUGGACUUAAGACUUUCACACAUGUCCUUACUUUUGUCAUGUGAAAUUGUAUGUUCAAAAUACUGAGUGGUAACACUGCAUUGUGGAGUCAUUUCCUAUCAUACACUUAGCCUGAAUGUGGCCCACUCAGUGUGCAGAACUGACCUUUGUGGUGAGGGGAGAAAGACCAGUCAUUAGGUGGGCCAAGGAGGCUCUGGGAGAGACAAACUUGUCAGUUUGCUAACUACUGACCAGUUAGGGAAAACACAGACUCUGGCACCUUUCUAAAUUGUGAAGUACGAUUACUACAACAUAUGAAUCCUUACAUAGUGAGUCUGUACUGCUAUCCAGUAACUGCCAGUAGCCCUGAGGCCAGCUUGCUUAGCACUUUCCUUCAUGUGCCAGGACAGCACUGUGCCCAACAGAGUGCUGUUUAAACACUUAAAUUCUGAGGAAACUCCUAACUUCCUUAGGGAGGAAAUUUGGAUUUUCUGGGUGGGGCCUCUUCCCUCACAGGAAACAAAAUCAACAGUGAUCUAAGACUUCAUCUUGGGCUUUGUACUUUCCUUGGGUCUUUCACUGAGUAAAUCUUGCCAAGGCGGCAGGGUGUAUCGACCUUCCUCCUGACUCUUACGCCCCAGGUAUGCCCCUUGGUGAGCUUCCCAAUGCAGCCCUUCCUGGGGCUUUGCCAGUUUCUGAGCACGCCCUCUUGCUAAAUCAGAAUAUCAUGCUCACUGAGAUUUUUGACUGCUCCUAUAUGACAUAAAUGGACCUCCCUUCAUAUUGGACCAUCUGAAAUAACAGAACUGUGGUGGCUUCAGCUCGGUGUUGUAGGGAAAGUUCUAAGGGCCUGUGCCAGCAAACAUGGUGUGACAAAUCACAUGUUCUAUAUAAUAUUUCAUAGUGUCAGUUAUCUAUAUUGACUGAUGUUUUUAUUCAAUGACUUUAAGGGGAAAACUCCAGAUAAAAGGACAGAGAAUGAAAGCAAUGAAAAGCAAUGAUAGAUGGGGCUGAGGUGAUGCAAGAGUCAUACACUACUCAAAUUUAAAAACAUGUAUUUUAGAACUUAAUAAAUUACCCCACAGAAUAUGUGUUGAUCUUUAUUUUAAUAGUUGCAGUGGAACAAGACAAAUAAGAUAAAAAUGGUUAUGUUAAAUUUCCUGCUCACUAUGUGGUUUUGAGAGAGAAAAUUCUAAUGACCAAAUAAACCCUUUUA